AUGGUUCUUCCAGCUAAACAUAGGUUUACACGGCUACUGCUUCGUCAUUACCACGAGAAAUUACUGCAUGCGGGUCCUCAGUUGUUACUAGGAACCUGUCGUCUUCGUUUUUGGCCAUUAGGUGGCAGAAGUGUAGUGAGACACAUAACACACCAAUGUCGAACGUGCUUCCGGAUUAAACCACGAGCCACUCAACAACUGAUGGGUGAACUACCCUCGCCACGCGUUACAGCAGCGCGGCCUUUCCAAAAAUCGGGCGUCGAUUACUUCGGACCUGUUUAUAUUCGACCAGGGCCACGACGAACAGCGGUCAAGGCAUACGUAGCCUUGUUUGUGUGUCUUUGCACCAAAGCGGUGCACCUGGAGUUGGCAUCAGAUUUGUCUACGGAGCGGUUCCUGCAGGCGUUACGAAGGUUCACUGGUCACAGAGGUCGGUGCACUGAUAUCUACUCCGACAACGUCAUCAAUUUUGUCGGAGCCCGAAAUCAGCUGAAAGAGCUUUUGGUCAAGCUGAAAGACCGUAAUCACCUUGAAAUUAUACAAAAGGAGUGCUCUAUUGAGGGCAUCAAUUGGCACUUCAACACCCCCCCCCCCCCCAGUGCGCCCCACUUUGGCGGACUGUGGGAAGCAGCCGUUCGCAGUGCAAAAUUUCAUCUCUUGCGGGUGAUUGGAAAUCAUCCUGUGUGCAUCGAAGACAUGCAGACACUAUUAGUGCAAGCAGAAACCUGCCUCAACUCACGGCCGAUGACAGUUUUAUCGGACAAUCCCAACGAUCUGGAGCCAUUGACUCCAGCACAUUUUCUGAUUGGAGCCUCCAUACAGCAGCUUCCAGAUCAGGACUUCCAAACGAUUCCAGUGAAUAGGCUCAAGCACUGGCAACUAGUUCAACGUCGUCUGCAAGAUUUCUGGCGCAAAUGGCAUCGGGAAUACCUCAGCCAACUUCAAGGGCGAUCGAAACGGUGGCGUGCCUCCGUAAACAUCGAGAUCGGAAACCUUGUAGUCCUUUGUGACGAGAAUCAACCUCCAACCCGUUGGAAGAUGGCCCGAAUUCAGGAGCUACAUCCAGGCACCGACGGGGUGGUCCGGGUGGUCACCGUUAAGACGGCAACAGGGUUGCUGAAGCGUCCAGUGGAGAAGAUCUGUAUCCUGCCAGAUCCAGAUAACGAGAAGGAAGUCAUAAUCAAAUUAACAAACCAGUCAUUACCCUUCCCUUCCUAUCCCAAUCGAAGAGGAAUUCUUUUAUUCUUUUUUCAGAAAUACGGCUAUGUCUGCAAGUACAUAUACCCAGCUUAG